AUGAGUCACCAGUUUAGUUCUCAGUCUGCAUUUAGCUCAAGAAGCAGGCGGGCCUAUAGCAACAGGUCCGCCUCAGGCUUUGGAGGUGGGAGUCGGACUGUGGGGUCUGUGUGUCAUGCCCGGGGGAGGUAUGGUGGUGGUGGCUAUGGAGCAGCGUUUGGUUCUAGGAGCCUCUACAAUCUGGGUGGCAGUAAAAGCAUCUUUGGAAGCCUAGUUGGAAGAAGCGCCAGUGGUUUCUGCCAGAGUCGGGGAGCAGGAGGAGGGUUUGGAGCAGGCAGAAGUUUUGUGGGGGGUGGAUUUGGAGGUGGUGGCCUCGGGGGUGGCAGAUUUGGAAGUGGCUAUGGGGGUCGUGGAUUUGGGCCUAGCAAUUUUGGGCUUGGAGGUUUUGGUCCUUCUUAUCCCCCGGGGGGCAUCCAUGAGGUGACUAUUAACCAGAGCCUGCUGGAGCCCCUUCAUCUGGAGGUGGACCCUGAAAUUCAGAGAGUUAAAACGCAGGAACGGGAACAGAUCAAGUUUCUCAACAACAAGUUUGCUGCCUUCAUUGAUAAGGUGCGCUUCCUGGAGCAGCAGAACCAGGUGCUACAAACAAAAUGGGAGCUGCUGCAGCAGGUGAACACUUCUACCCGGACCAGCAGUCUGGAGCCCCUAUUUGAGGCCUACAUCAGUGAUCUGCGGAGGGAGGUGGAUCUUCUGAACACUGAACAGAUGCGCCAAAACUCAGAGAUCAGAAGCAUACAGGAUGUUGUGGAGGACUACAAGAGCAAGUAUGAGGACGAAAUCAACAAGCGAACCAAUGCUGAGAACGACUUCGUUGUCACAAAGAAGGAUGUGGAUGCUGCUUUCAUGGGCAAAUCAGACCUGCAGUCCAAAGUGGACACGCUGCAAGGGGACAUCAACUUCCUGAAAUACCUAUUUGACAAAGAGCUGUCCCAGAUGCAGACUCACAUCAGUGACACCAACGUCAUCCUGUCCAUGGACAACAACCGCUCCCUGGACCUGGAGAGCAUCAUCGAUGCAGUGCGUUUCCAAUAUGAUUUAAUUGCACAGAAGAGCAAGGAGGAGGCUGAGGCGCUGUACCAAACCAAGUACCAGGAGCUGCAGAUCACCGCAGGGAGACAUGGGGAUGAUCUGAAGAACACCAAGAUGGAGAUUUCUGAGCUCAACCGCAACACCCAGAGGCUGCAGGCGGAGAUAGCCAGCGUCAAGAAGCAGAUUGAACAGAUGCAUGGGUCCAUUUCCGAUGCAGAGGAGAGAGGAGAGAGGGCUCUCCAGGAUGCGAAGCAGAAGCUGCAGGACCUGGAUGAGGCCUUACAGCAGUCCAAGGAGGAGCUGGCCCGUCUUCUUCGAGACUAUCAGGCAAUGCUGGGGGCCAAGUUGUCCCUGGAUGUGGAGAUUGCCACCUACUGCAAGCUGCUAGAGGGUGAGGAAAGCAGGAUGUCGGGAGAGCUGCAGAACCACGUGAGCAUCUCGGUGCAGAGCAGCCAAGUGACCGUCGGCGGCGGCGGUGGCGGUGGCUACGGCGGCGGCAGCGGCGGAGGCUCCGGAGGUUACAGCGGCGGCGGCGGUGGCUACGGGGGCGGCAGCGGCGGAGGCUCCGGAGGUUACAGCGGCGGCGGCGGCGGCUACAGCGGCGGCGGAAGUUACGGAGGGGGAGCGAGCUCCCGAGGGGGCGGCGGCGGCGGCAGCGACGGAGGAAGCAGCAGCAAAAGCAGCAGCAAGGACGGCGGCCGGAGCGGCGGGGGGCCCGGAGGGUUCAGCGGCGGGGGGGGGGGGGACGCCCCGGGGGGGGGCGGCGGAAGUUACGGAGGGGGAGCGAGCUCCCGAGGGGGCGGCGGCGGCGGCAGCUACGGAGGAAGCAGCAGCAAAAGCAGCAGCAAGUACGGCGGCCGGAGCGGCGGCGGCUCGUCGCGCACGCACUUCGUGCGGACCUCCACCCACAGCUCGCGCAGGCGCGUGGUGGAGUAGAGGCGACGCUGCACUGGCGUCUCUCCUGUCGCGUCCCCCCACGCCCUCUCGGUCCUUUUUUUCUUUGGGUCUCAGCUCGCUUCCUGGUCCCUGGGACUCUAGGUAGGGAAGCAGGGUGGAUGUAGCCGCUCUCUCUUUGGAGGGGCCUGACUUGCGGCCAGAGUUACAGUCAGACACAUCCUCACUCAGGUUCCCUCUGCUGGUCCUGCUCCUGUCCUGACUGACACUCCAGGGUCUUAUUAAGCAAUGGUGAAAACCAGCUUGAAGGACGGUCACAAGGUUGAUGCCAACUCCAUUAAGGUUCUCAAUCCCAGGCCCCCUUUCUUCCACUGGGUAGUCCAGCAAACUAUUCCCACGUCUCCCUGGGGGAGGGGGGGCUCCAAAGUCACCCCUCUGGGGAGAAGCUGAUUGCAAGGUAAGCCAGCUCGGUAAGGGGCACCUCUGCGCCAAGCCAUCGAGCCCCUUGCUCCUUAGUUUCAUAUGCUUCCUCAUCAUGAUGGCAACGGUGGGUUUGUUGUCCUGGUUAGGAGCAUGCUUGUGUGACCUAGGUGAUCUGGGUUCACAGAGGUGCUUUUGUGGGCAUGAGAACUCAAGUCCUUGGAUGGGGUGGGAGGGCAUGUGGGCAAUCCAGCUCUGUUUCUGUCCUGCCCACUUCCUGCAGCCCCGAAUCAGCCCCUUCCUGAGCUCUGCUCCAAAUGACCCAGCUGAGAAUUUCCUAAAGGCCAGGGCACCUGCAGGACAGCUCUAUUCUAUCCAGGUGCCUGGGCCCAGGGAAUGUGAGGUGUUAACUUGAAUCUGGGAGCUUUCCAAUCCUGAGCCAGUCUGAAAGCUAUCUGGGUUUAUUCAGGCAAUUUAAUGCUCUUUACCAGACCUCUUAGGUCUCUUCUACCCUCUGUGUUCUAUGGCUCUGAUCACUUUGUGAGAAUUUGACUAACAAUUUAAAUUAUAAUCUAUGAUCUUAUGUAAGAUACUUGAGAUGUGCUGAGGGGGGCAGGAAAAGGAAAAUGCCAGCCAAAGAACAGCCAUGAGAGAGGGAGUGUGGCUCUGCACCCAAGUUCUGGAGUCCCUUUCACUUGCUUGCUGAAUCCCUACAAUCUCCAGAGUCCAUGAUUCUGUAUGGAGGUUUCUCCAGGGGGGGGUCUCUUGGGGAAUGCUUGUGAUUUCAUUUCCUAGUUGGAAGCUGUACCUUAAAAGGCUUGG